AUGACAGCCUAUAACAAAUUAGAUUUGAGUAGUCGUAAAGCACGAUGUAUCUACGAAUAUCAAUGGAUAUUAUCGACAAUUCCUACAACAAGUAAUCAUCAAAAGAUUGAAAAAUAUUCGUUAAUAAAACGUCAUGAAAAGUCAAAACGACAACAUAAUAUAAAUCAACAAAUGAAUUCAAAUGUUAUUAUCAAACCACAAUGGCGAACUGUUUGGGAAAAAUGUCCAAGAAAUCUUGUUUGUAGUGCGUGUUUACCACCAUGUGAUCUUGAUCCACCACUACUACAAAAUUCCGAUAGUUGUAAAGCAAUAUGUUCGCAAAAUAUUGAUUGUCUUCGAAGUUGUUCAUUCAUUCAAAAUGUUUAUCAGCAACAACAACGACAACUGCAAAUUUUUGAGUGCAUAACAGAUGCUGAUUGUCAAAAUAUGUGUAAUGAUCGUGAUUGUUCAAAAAACAGUCGUUGUUGUGACACAAAUAAUCAAUGUCAUGAAGAAUGUUCAACGGAUGAAAUAACAAGAACUGAUCAAUUUAUACCACGUAAUGUUGUGGCAAUUGAGAGAAAAAGUCGUAAAACUGUGAAAUUAAAAUGGCAUCAUAUCAUUAAAAAUGAGACGGAGCCAAUAUUUUAUGUUAUUGAAGCACAAUGGAGUUUAAAUAGAAAACAACCAUUCACAAGAGACGUAUCAAAGUGGGGAUUCUUAAAAGAGGAAGUAUCUCAUAAUAAAGCCAUAAUAAGAAAUAUUCAUCGUGGUAGAUGGUACAGUUUUCGCGUUGCUGCUGUUACACGACACGGACGUUCAGCAUUUUCACAACCCACAGCACCAUUUCGACUGACUGCUGAACCAAAAAGUCACUCGCCAACAAAUUUCACGGUAAAAAGUUCUGUAUUAAACGAUGAUGGAUCGUACAAUGUUACAUUAGCGUGGAUUCAACAAUCUCAAAAUGAUUUACCCAUUAGUGGUUACAAGAUUUCAUGGGAACCAGUUUCUGAUGUAGAACAAAUUGCUGCUGAUGAAGUAUUAAUUAAUGAAGACUUAUCAUCAACAUCUUUGCACGAAUAUAAAGUGCCAUAUUUGAAUCCGAAGUUAACAUAUCGUUUUAAGAUUCGUUCUGUAACCUCUUAUGGUGAUCUAACUGAUGUUGGACCGUUUACCACAAUAAUAUAUCAAAUAAAUUCUUUAACAACAUCUACCACCAGUGCUUUGCCUUUAAUUACUCUACCAUCAUCAACAAGUAUUUCAUUCUUACCACAUCCUCCUCUUCGUCAUCAACGUCAUCGUGAAUACAUGGUUAUAAGUGAUUUGAAAAUAUCUGAACCAUUUUUUAUCAAUGGACUUUUGAAAGCAAACGUUUCAUGGACAAUAAAUGAUAAACAAAAUGAUUAUUCAUCACAAAUUCAACAAUUUGAUUUAUAUUGGUUAGAAGUUAAUUGUACAAAUGAUGUGUCAUGUUGUUAUCGUCGUGAUGCAGCCACUGUACAAAAUCAAUUUCAAAUAUAUGAUCUAAGAUUUAAUUGCACCUAUGCUUUGAAUGUUUAUCCAGUAUUGAAUGAAAUUGGUAAAGAAGGAAAUCGAUUAUCUCAACGAUUUAAGGUACCAAGUUGUGCAAAUAUAACAGUGUUUGGUGCCAUACGACCACCAUGUCCAACGACAGAGAGUAAGAAUAAAGCAUUACCUUUUGCACAUUCUCUUGUUUAUAACACAUUUUCUAUUCUUGUUCAAGAUUUAGAAACAAAAUAUUCUGAUAUAAUUUACACGUCUAAUAAAACAGGUACAAAUACAAUUGGUAUUAAUUUGCAAUGGAAUUCAAAAAGUAGUCAGGUUCAAUUAACUGGUUAUCGAUUGAAAAUUGAACAAUUGGAUAAUCAUGAAGAAAUUUUAAAUAUCGAUUUAGCUCCAAUAACAUCUGAGUAUUAUUAUCCCAAUUUAAGUCCAAAUACCCUCUACAAUGUAACAUUAAGUUCAAUUAAUAAUCACAAAUAUAUUAUUUUACAACAAUCGAUUAUAUUCGAUGGCUAUUCAUCCAGAAAUAAUUCAAAAAAUACUGUAAACUAUCGACAUUUUACAUCGAAUACAGAUUUGAGAUUAUCAUCAUCAUCAUCUUCAAAAUGUAAAGGCCGGUGGCAAAUGAUUGAUAAAUCAAAUACAAAGUUCACAAUUGAUUGGCAAAUAAUUGAAGAAUCUAUUAUGACUGAAUUUCGAACAAAUGAAGUUAAACGUGGAUACUGCAAUGUGACAAUGACAAGCGUUACUGUUUUAUCAAAAUUAAGUAAUAUCUAUACAACUUUUCAAGAAUUAUUAAACUCUGGCUUACUAACAAUUAAAUUUUUAAAGAUUAAAGAUUUAAGUGAAUUAUUAGAUAUCUCUCUGACAGAAUGUCUCUACAUCGUUUAUAUGCGAGGGCCAUUGAUUGGCGAUCAACCCUUAUUACCUGAUGAAAUUAUAUACAAUCGAACAUUGUGUAUUAGUUGUGCAUCGGAUAUUUCAACAAGAACGACGACAACUUCAAACUUUUAUGAAUCGUCCUAUUCUUCUUCUCCUAACAUCACUAGUAUACUCAAUUCAACUGCAAUAUUAAAACUAACAUCAGUGACUCAGAUGAAUAGUACAGAAUUGAAUUCUACACAAUUUUACUCGAAUCAACCUUCAACAACAAUUGCAACAUCCCGUACACAAACUUAUACUGUCACUACAGCACUUUUAUCGGUCACCAGUACAACGAAUUUAACUUCAGAAUUCGAAUUAUGGUGGAUUGGACGAAUAAUCAAUUUAUUGUGGAAUGACGAGUAUAACAAUUUAACAUCAGAAUUGUGUCUCAAUAUAAGUUCUCAGCUUGAAGAUAUUUUAUUUACCUUAAUUACACCUAUAUACCGUUGUAUUCAAUUCGAUAUUGUAUCUUUCACACGCGGAAGUGUUAUAUUUACAAGUAAUUUUACAGUAAUAUCGAAUGAGAGUAUUUCACAAACAUUGAAUACAAUACAAUCAAUAUUGCAGACAAAUAUGACAAAUAUCUCUCUCAAUAUCGAUCCACAAUCAAUUCAAAUUUUAACCAAUCCAUCUAUCACCGUUCCAGAUUUAGUUACAAAGACAUUAUCAAACUCAGACAUGGUAUCAAAGGCUUCAGAUGAUACGUCAUGGAGAGCAAUUGUUGGCGGUGUUCUAGGUGGGGUAGGUCUGCUUCUUCUAAUUUCCAGCUCACUAUGUUUAUACGGUUAUUAUAAAUGGCGUCGAAGACAACUGUAUGGUUUCAAAAAGAAUGGGUCGAAAUCAAAUGAGACAAUGGAAUAUAUGUGGUUAGGUGGUACAACAACACCAAAUUUGAUACAGUCAACUUCAAUAUAAAUAUGAAUUACGAAAUGGUUUUGAAUUUCACAGUAUCAGUUGACUAAUUAUUGGUAAGCGCAAUAUGAUGUUCGUAUUCUGUCACGCUUAUCAAAAGAAUCUACUGAAAUUAUCUAAUUGUUAAAGUUCGUCUGUGUUACUCAUAUUACUUGCUGUUUGAUGGGAUUUUUCAUUGUUAAUACUAUAGUUAUUUUUGCUUUCUUUUACUGUUUUUUUAAGUUCGGUUUGUUAAUUUUUAUUUAGCAAUUAGUAAGUGAUGAGAAAUACAAGUCUGAUCGAUGUUCUUUACUUUUAUUCCCCUUACCACUCGAAGUAGUUUGUAAGAUAAAUGUAGAAGAAUAUAUGAAGAUUACGGUGAACAGAAUUUAAAUGAACAAAUGUUGGAGAUACGUUUCCGAAAAAAACUUCCAGGUCAGAUUCUGCAAGACGAAGACCCAUAUCCAAUUAAUUAAAAAUGUUAUCCUAUUAAAUUCUACAAAGUGCAAUCCAGCUGACUAAAACACUAUCUACCUCUUUUACAUACUAAUCAGCGUUUUUCUCUCUAAAAAAACAUUUUAGAGCAAAAUGAUACGGUUCAAGGGAUUGGUAUUCGAUAUAAAAUUACAUUUCCUACGUUUUUUGCUGCUUCAGCUCGUGCUUUCUCGGUAUCCGGCUGAAAAGCCGACAUAUCUUGAAACUUGUGGCGAUAGAUGUCUUUUUAUUCGAGAUGCUUAUCAAAAUAUAGCGCUAUGCGCAAAAAAAUGAUGCUUUCGAGAAAAUGUAUGCGUCACACAGUCCAAAUGAAUCCGAGUAUCCGAGUCCGACGGGACUCAGUAGAUUCCUAACUGGAAUGCUAUCUCUAAAUUAAAAUGAGAUUAAGACUGCUGUCCUUUGGUUCAUUUCUGUGUGAGUAUUACCGUUAAGGAAGCGUUUCCCAUAUGUGAAGCAUGGCACAUUCGUUCUCAGACUUUUAUAAAAAAAACCGUUGUCAGAAGUUUAUUGAAAGUAAUAAAUCGGUACUAGAUUAUUGAUCGUAUCUUUUGCCUUAAAGAAUUUGUUUAUAGAGGUGAUGUAUUAAAAUGAGUGUUUUUCUUUCUUUUUUCUGUUCUUUUCAAGUGUUAUUGAAUGGUGAGUAGCAUACUAUUAAGGGUACCCCCCCUCUUUUUUCACCUUGUUGCCAAAUGCGGAGUACAUGUCCGAUUGAGCUCAAAUUUAUAGCAGAGAUAGAACAUCGAAAAAGAAAAUCGACGUAUUUUUGCCCAGAAUUUUCUGACGUGUU